AUGGCCAAUCUUGAGAAGGACCCUGAGGCCAUUGCCUUCGCCCGGACGCUGGACAAUGUCCCCUGGUGUGAAGAGUACGACGGGAUGGUUCCUGAGCUCUGCGAAGGUCGCUUUCGCGCGCGCAAGUUGCUGCACAAGUACAACGACUACUUUCCCGCGGAUGCGACCCGCGACUCCCUCACAGAUGAAAGAGAGGUCAUGCUCCGGCAGGUACUCGGCAGUGUCGGCAAGAACCCUUUUAUCGAACCACCGUUCAGGAUUGAUUAUGGAUGUAACAUAAUCAUUGGCGAGAGGUUUUAUGCGAAUUUCGGCCUCAUAAUUCUGGAUAUCUGCUUUGUUAAGAUUGGGGAUAGGGUCAUGUUUGGUCCAAAUGUAUCUAUCUUCGCUGCAACCCACGAGACAGGCGUUCAGUCACGGAGGGAUAAUAUAGAAUAUGGGAGGCCCGUUAUAAUCGGAAACGAUUGUUGGAUUGGGGGCAAUACCACUAUUAUGCCUGGUGUCACGAUCGGGAAGGGAUGUACAAUCGGAGCGGGGUCGGUUGUUACAAAGGAUAUCCCGGACUGGAGUGUUGCUAUCGGACAGCCAGCUAGGGUGGUUCGAAAAGUAGAUCCAGUGCCUGAUAUUUGA